AUGAAGCCCUCUAUCAACAUAGCCCUCCUUCUCUCUAUCUCCGUCUUUGUAUCUGGACAAGCAGAUACCUGCAGCAACCCUCCGCAAUCUGAUAAGGUCGUUCAAUUUGCCGACGCUCUCAAGGUCAUCUGCCCCAACUCCGCAAGGGAACCAUGUAUCAAUGACCCCAAAGCCCCACAUCAAUGUCGAAGUGCGUCUCAGGCCGCAGAGCCCAUUCUACGCUCCUUCGAGAAAUACAACAUUACAAACAAAAAUGAAAUGGCCGCUCUUGUCAGCCUUAUGGCGCUGGAAUCCGAUGAAUUUAAAUACCAAAAAAACGUUUUCCCUGGCAGGCCAGGACAAGGAACACGGAACAUGCAAAUGCCAAAAUGGAACGCGCGCUACCUGGCCUCCAUCCCCGAACUCAAAGACCAACGCGAGAAAGUGGGCGACGACAAAGCCAAAAUCCUUGACCUCCUCCUUAGUAAGGACGAUUAUGAUUUUGGCUCUGCUGCAUGGUAUAUGACAUCUCAAUGCACCUCUGAUGUGCGUAAGGGGCUGCAGGACGGCAAGGAGGAUGGAUGGGAGAAGUAUAUCACCGCUUGUGUUGGGACAACUGCUAGCGGCGAGCGAUUGCGGUAUUGGCAAGUUGCAGUCAAGGAGAUGCAGAAGCUUUAG